AUCUCUUUGGAAGAAGUUUCCAACAACUAUGAUCUUUCCUCGAAGCUUGUCGCAACUCCGGAACAUGCAGAUUCUGUUAAUUCUCUUGCGGAUAGAACUCCUGUGAAGGAUUGCGUUUCUUUGUCUUGCAAGGAGACGCCCACCAAGGAAAGAAAAAAGCCACAAAAAGCCUCACCAAUCAAGCAGAAAACGCCAGUGGAGGAAAACGCGGAGAUGGGAUGCGUUGUCACAGCUGACUGCUAUUUUGAGCUGUCUGCGAAGAAUGUUCCAGAAGGAGGAGCUCCCGAAGAAUCAUCGGCUGAGAUAGCCAGCGAUGAACACCUGAGGAAGGAAGUCAUAUCCGUGGAAUAUAACUGUCCACGUGAGGACAUCAAAGAGGAAGUGGAAGUGAAAGUGGAGAGCGAAGCUUAUGUAGUUCCCGAAACACCGACACAAGACACAGAGUCCGAUGCGGAACCCUCUGGUUCGGGAACUCCUCUGAGGACGGACGGCGAAGACAAUGACAAAUGGUCAACGUCGGAUAAUCAGUCAGCUAGCGGUGGGAGGAUGAUGUCACCUGGUCGUGGACGUGGGUGUAAACGAAAACGAGCUCCUUACAAUCGUCACAGUACAAUGGUUAUUGAUCGAAAAUAUAUUCGAACAAAGACGGGCGGCAAAGAAGAUCGAAGAGAUGAAGAUUCAUAUGGAGAAGAGGAGGAGGAAGAGUCAACUCGAGACACCUUCAUUUCAAUGAAAAACAAAACUCUUCGACUGAUGGAACAAGAGGGAUCAUUGGAUAACUUCGAUCUUCUGGGAUUACCUCCACUCAGUGAUAUCUCACUCGCAACGGAUGACGCUAUCGAGAUUCUCGAAAAAAGGUUGAGCGAACUUCGAGAGGUUUAUCACCAGUCCAAGGCGGAAUUGCUCUUGAUGGAGAAAAGGAGGCGGAAACGUGCGGAGAAGAGACGAGAGCGAGAACGUGCAUGUCGUGAAGCCAUGGCAAUUGAAAAAUAA